AUGGGUGGGAGCAGCUUAGUGGGAAGCAGAACGGGAAGCCUAGAUGCCCUUCCCCCUCCGUACCUACAUGUUGUCCCGACAGAAAAUGAGGUUGGUCUUCCAUUUGCUCAUCUUGACGUUCAAAAACCUCUCGUGCAAUAUGUUUUUGGUGCGGGUUCAUCGCACCAUUGGUCGAAAAGGCCAAAGAGCGAGAGAGGGAAAUGGAAAAAGCAAAGAGCAGACGAGAAGGGGGAAAAAGAAACAAAAGAAACGAAUGAGCCGGAUUUGAAUGGUAUUACAUUCAAACAAAGGCUACCCGCCGAUGACCGAGUGUUGACAAACAGCGAGACAUCCGAGUCCUUCAGAGACGCUGAGACAUUCCUGCCACAUCAAACGACUGCCGAUGGAGUUUGCGGGAGGAAGAUAUCCAUUUAUCUCAACAUCUUUGAGAAAAAAAAAUAUUAUAUCCGGAUAUCGAGGUCUAGAGGCCUUGUUACUGUCACGAUCUAG